AUGGGGUAUAACCAUGUAGAGGGCUGGUUACAUCCAAUUGUAACCAGCAUGGCAUCAUCUUUAAUACCAGAUGUCUGGUUCAAGAUGUUAAUCAUGAGAUCCUUAAGCCAACAGAUCACAUUUGGCAUUAUAAGUAUCAUUUCAGGAGUUUUUGCGUUUUUCCCAGUUUUUAACUACAAUCCUUUGAUUAUUGGAUGGAGUGUUCGAAUAGCCUGUCCUAUCUGGAAUGGGGCUUCUGCAGUAACAGUUGGUGUUCUCACAAUUUUGGCCUAUAGAGAAUGGACAAAAAGAUCUCUGUGGGAAGCUUCAUAUACUUUGGGUCUAUUAAGUGUUGUUGGAGCACCUGUUCAAUUCACACUAGCUAUUGCAUCUAUUCUAAUUGGUCCAUACUGUUAUUACUCUUUUGCUGGAGUUGCAUCUACCAACUACAUUGGCUAUGCAAUUAAAUUCCCUUUCCCCUAUGCCAAAUUCAUGAAUGUGUGCAAAGACCCUGUGUCCUAUGAGUGGUACCAUCUGAGUCUUCAAGUCAUCGAUCUUGUGUCCAGUGUCGCCAUCCUGUGCUCAUCUCUAUCACUAGUGAUCAGACUGUCAGCAAGAAUAAUAACAUCUGGUCAACUUAAUGCACUCAGACACAUUUGGUGAAAAGAAUGAUAUGGCAACUGGAUCACUAGCUAUCAGAAUAUCUUCAAUCUCACUUCUUAUUAGUUUACUAAUCCCAAUCUUUAUCCACAUGGAUUCCUUACAUUCCAAGACCUAGAGAACAAACAGAGCACUAGCCAACCCAACUAGCCCUCUCCAUGACUCACCUGCCAGAAAUAAUUUUUGUUUGUUUUUUAGUAUAUAUAUAUAUACAUCAAAUCACCCAUUAGUCAGUUUCUGACCCUUUCCAGCUGGUUUAUCCUUUAACUGAAAGAAACAUGAAACACCUUUAAUUACAGGACUAAGUGAAGAAAUAUCAAUCAAUUAAUUAAUUAACUAGCAUAUUAUUAAUUAACAUACUGGUUGAGGUAUGAAAACUG